AGCACGUGUGCUGUUACGUUACUUUUUCGCCAUUCUGAUGAUAGUAGUCGUGUGCGCUAUGGUCGAGUUUACAAUAUACAACCAGCUUACGCCCGGUACGCAAUGGCAUUGGUUUUGGCUGCAUAACUUCUACCCGUACACGUUCAGCCACGUUAGGCACGUGUUUCAUCUGCUGCACAUCAGUCUGAUGGCCUCCAAUCUGCGCCAGUUACAGCGCAAAUUGGUCGCAUUGCAUCAAACGGGUGAGCGGGAGCGCUUGGAAGAGUACCGCGCACUGUACGGCGAGCUGUGGCAGAUAAACGAGGGCAUCAACGAGCUGUUUGGGUUUUCGCAAGCGUGCAACAUUGCCUCCAGCUUCGCACAGAUGGCGUUCGAUCUGUACUGGGUGUAUGCGAUGUGGCAGAAGCAGGAAAGGGGAGUAGAGUGCUUUUUGAUGCACGCGGCCAAAAAACAUCAACUUGAAAUGGAUGCGGUGCAAGGGACGGUGCUUGAUAUGAACUUCGGGCAAGAUUCUGAGAUGGUGAAGCUAAGGUUUUACUUUUUGCAUCAGUUGCUGCGCAAUCGGAUUAAGCUGACCGCGAAAGACAUAUUUGAAUAUGACUACACGUUGAUCCGAACGCUUGUUAUUGUGAUACUUACGUAUGUGAUCAUAUUUAUUGAAAUAGCAGAUUAAAAUUUCAUGUAGAGGAAGGUAGAUAAAGACGACCACAUUCUUUUCUAAGGUUCAAUAUGGGAUUGAUCUGAUUUGGAAAGAUGGAUUCUAUGAAGGGCAAGAUGAACAUUUAUGAAAAAAACGUAAGAAAUUAAAGAGGUUUACUAAUGUUUAUCA